GCAGAACAACGGGGAUAUAGUAAACUGGCCCAAUUGAAAGAAGAUUACAUGUCUCUCCUACUACGCACCGGGCAAAACGAGAAGGCUGGCCAAGUGUUCGAGAAACAAGGCAACUAUGAGAAGGCGAUGACUCUCUAUCUCAAAUCGAACUGCUUCGUGCGCGCCUCUUCUCUCCUGAUCCAGCACAAAGAAUUACUAAAUGACAGCGGUCUGGUAGCCAACGUGCUCAAGAUCCUUCUCAAGCACGAACUCUACGAGAGCUGCGCCGAAAUUUACGAGAAACUCCAAAAAUCGUCCCUGGCAAUGGAGUGCUACCAAAAAGGAAAGGUGUGGAGCAAGGCGAUCGCUUUGGCUCGCAGCGUGGAGCCCGAGAAGGUUGUACAACUGGAAGAGGAGUGGGGCGACCAUCUGUACGAAAACAAGCAAAUGGACGCCGCCAUCAACCAUUACAUCGAGGCGGGUCGCACGCGUAAAGCUCUAGACGCCGCUAUCGGCGCGCGCCAGUGGAAGAAGGCCGUGCACAUCGUGCAAGUCCUGGACGAGUCCGAGUCAACGGAGAAGUACUACCAGACGAUCGGCAAUCAUUUCGCAAGCGCCCGGGACUACUCCACCGCCGAAAAGAUGUACGUAAACGCCGGUUUGUACAAGGAGGCCGCCGAGAUGUACAACGAGGCGGGGCAGUGGGAGAAGGCCUACAGUUUAGCGUCGCGGUUUUUGGAUCGGAGCGAGGUGUCGGAGAUGUAUCUGAAGCAGGCCGAGCAGCUUGAAAAUGCCGGGAAGUAUCGCGACGCCGAGAAGCUUUACUUAUCGGUUGACGCGCCCGAUUUGGCCAUCGCCAUGUAUAAGCGGGCGGAUCAGUACGACAACAUGGUCCGGCUCGUGGAGAAAUUCCACCCCGACCUGCUUCAAACCACCCAUUUGCAUUUGGGGCAGCAGUUGGAGACGCAAGGAAAGCACCGGGCAGCCGAGGUGCACUAUUUGGCGGCGGGUGAUUGGAAAUCGGCAAUGAACAUGUAUAGGGGCUUGUCAAUGUGGGAGGAGGCAUAUCGCGUUGCCAAGCAGAGUGGAGGCGCUGCGGCGGCGAACCAAGUCGCAUUCCUCUGGGCGCGCACACUUUCCAUCGAGUCCGCCAUUAAGUUGUUGAACAAGUUCGGCCUGUUGGAAAGCUGCGUGGAUUACGCGUGCGAAACCUACCAGUUUGAUUUUGCGUUUCAAUUGUGUAAAAGUUUAACGUCUAAGUUCCGUAAAGAAGAUACAGGGGGCGUUUGCCAUGAAGCCCAUACUCGGAAUCCGUAA